AUGGAUUGUGACGGUCUCGAGCGCAUUAUUGACUACACAUUCAAAGACCGAAACCUACUAAACGAGGCGCUGCAUCAGACGCAAAAUAAGCGCUUGGCUCUCUUGGGGGAUAAAGUCGUGGCGCUCAUGCUGAUAGAUUCAUGGUAUCAGACCGGGGGGAGCUGCUAUGAUGGAAACUCGUUACUGCAACAUGCAGCGAGCAAUGAAGCAAUGGCGAACCGAGCAAUUCAAACACACUUGAAAGAUAUGGUUCGUCGGCAGUCUCAUCAGUCCCCGUCUACACAUGGUUUAGCAACCGAUUUUGAGGCUGUUGUGGGUGCAGUCUGGAUUGAUUGUGGGAAGGAUCUGCAAACCUUGGAGAAGGUAAUAAGGCAACUUUACGUGGAGUGA